AUGUUGCAAGGAGAGGCUGACUUGUGGUGGCAGACCAUAAAGCGUAUUCUGGAGGGCCAGCUUGUUACUUGGGCCCAGUUCUUAAAGCUAUUUCGAGAGAAGUAUUUUCCUAUUACUGUACGGCGAGCAAAGGGAGCAGAGUUCAUUAAGUUGCAGCAAGGAAGCAUGACGGUGACAGAAUAUGAGAAGAAAUUUGAGGAGUUGUCUCGUUAUGUACCACACCUUGUGGCCAUGGAUGUUGACAAGGCAAGAUUAUCUGAGAGUGGCCUUAAUAAUGGAAUUCAGAGAAUGGUGACAGCUUUGGAGCUUAACACAUAUGCUGAAGUUGUGAGGAGAGCCCUGUUAUAUGAAGGGCCAGCAAAAGGAACCCAGAAGGUAGAAAGCAAAUGGCAAGGGAAGCGGCAUUUCCCAGCGCAGGGCAAGAAGAGUUAUCCUCCACAGAAGCAGCAAAGGAUUCAAUAUAUGCAGGGAGCAUCGACUAUUAAGGCUCCAGAAUCAUGUCCCAAGUGUGGGAAGCUUCAUUGGAGUCCAUGUAGAUUUGGAACCGGAGUUUGUUUAAAAUGUGGGAAGGAGGGAUAUCUUAUCAAGAACUGCCCAUUGUGGAACACUCAAGGGAAGCAGCAGCAUCAAGGGUAA